GCAGCUGUUAUUCCGUGGACCGCACUGCACCACUGCUUUAACUGAGUCUAAGUUCCUCGGUGUCCUUGUAGUUCUCUCGCUGAAAGAAUUUCGACUCUUCGAAAAUGAAGGUGCUGCUUCUCUGUGGACUCGUCCUCGCCGGAGCUAUCAUCGCUGAGGCUGCCGGUGGUAAAGAACUGUGUGACAUGAGCUCUGACGGAAUCAAGGAUGUCAUGAAGUGUAUGGCUGAACAUGCGCCCCCUCAGAUGAAAGAAAAGGCUUUCGAGCUGAUCGGUGAGAAGGGAGACCACAUUGCCGAGACGAUCAAGUCGAAAUGCGAUUCGGGUGUGGACUUCGGCGAGAUGGUUUCGAUUAUUUUCUCGGUGAGUAAGCGUUCUCUAUAUCUAUAUGCUGGAGUACAUUCUCCUGUUUCUUUCUAUGAACCACAUCGAAUUGAAGCUUAUAUCUUAACACUCGCUUGUCGUAAACCUUCACGAAUUUUGAAGGCAGCAACGCAUGAACUCUUUCGAUGAGGCGCCUUGCAGUGC